AUGGCUCUGUCAUUCUUUUUGUCGUCUCUGACUGUCAUUUCCGUCCUUGGAUACACCCAGGCUGGUGCUAUUCCCCAUGUUAUAGAGCGUGAAGUUUGCAAAUUCGAUGCCAGAGACUUUAACACCGACUCACAAGAGAUGAUUGCCAGGCAAGCUCCAUCCGAUUCUUCCCAAUUACCAAAAACUUGGGAUCCACCAGCUGAGCUUGUAGCACCUUUGAAGCAGGUACUCGUUUUCAAAUUACAGAAGGAGAAAUUCAUUACUAACUAUUGCGAACAGGUAUGGGACCGUGAGUUGAAAUCAUUCUCUCGGUCUCUCAGGUUCAAGAACUUCGGAUUCGACCAAGUCAUCGCCGGUGAAGGGAAGAUCAACUACUGUGUCCGUUGGGAUACCAACAAUACAGCGUCUCCCGAGGAUCGUCAAAAGACCGAGGUUGCCAUCCAACGUUCAUUCAAGAAGUGGAUGGAUGUUCUGGCCGGAUUCGAUGGAUGGCCGUAUGAUACCGUUGAUGUGAAGGUAGUAGGAUGGGCCGUCAAAAACAAGAGGCUCCUUUCAGGCGAUACUUCAGAUGUGGAUGUAUAUACUAACACUGACUCUGGUGGAACUGCGGAAUGUGACCCAAGAUGUGGACGGUUCUUUAACAGGGAUGGGGAAUACUCUCAAUGCCCCGGAGGAGCUGCAAGGCAUUAUGAUCAAAGUCUUUGGUUAUCUGAUGGAAUGGAUGGUUCCGGUGCUGGAGGCCACUGGGGUCAACGUGUUGGACAGGGGUAUUUCAUGAAGACAAUUGAUGAUGAUUCCAUUCAUAUUGUACUCCACGAGAUAGGACAUACAUUUGCGUUGGAUGGCAAGUCUCUCUCCUCUCUAUUACUUAAUGGUUCAAUAUUUAGCUAAUUAUGUCGCAGAUUUCUAUGAUUGGAAACCAACCGGCAUCACUAAGUUCAUUAUGAAUGCCGGCGCUUCAAUGGUUAUAACAGAUUUCGAUAGGUGGAUGUUACGUGACUGGUGGAGAAAUCUCAACGCUGCAAGAUACAAAUUUUAA